GGACUUUGACUUUAAUCUUUACUAUUGAAAAGACAAUGACAAAUUCAAGAAACUUUAGCAGUGAUUAUUAAUUAUAAUUGUCAACAUUAAACAUAACAACCUUGUAUAUUGGUUAUUUUUGUAUAUAUAUUUCAAAAUAGAAAGUAUUUUAUCUACAUGCAAAUAGGUAAAUGUAUGGUGUUUGGUAUUUCCAUCAGCUCAUUUUAGGAUUUUGUUCAUACAUAUACAACACUUCUAACAUAGUCCUGUGAUAUUCAGUGUCAUUUUCUAAUAGUACAAUAUGCCUUCAAAACAAAGGAAAAUAGCUGUCAUGGGAUACAGAUCAGUAGGAAAGUCUUCACUUAGUAUACAGUUUGUGGAAGGUCAAUUUGUAGACUCUUAUGAUCCUACUAUUGAAAAUACAUUCACAAAAUCGACAAGAAUCAAUUCACAAGAUUAUGAAUUAAAAUUAGUUGAUACAGCUGGCCAAGAUGAAUAUUCAAUAUUUCCUUCACAGUAUAGUAUAGAUGUGCAUGGAUAUGUUUUGGUAUAUAGUAUCACAAGUACAAAAUCCUUUGAUGUAGUGAAAGCCAUUCAUGAAAAAUUAUUAGAUAUCACUGGAAAAGAACAUGUUCCUGUGGUGUUGGUUGGCAAUAAAACUGAUCUUCAUUUAGAAAGAACAAUUCCAACAGAAGAAGGUAAAAGGUUAGCAGAAGAAUGGAGAGCUACAUUUUUAGAAACUUCCGCUAAACAAAAUGCUUCUGUUUCAGACAUCUUCCAUGUUCUUUUGAUGGAAAUUGAGAAAGCAGAUGGAAAUAUAAAUGAAAAAACGAAUUGUGUUGUUUGUUAAUGAUACAGAUUCCAAACUAUGUAUAAUAAUAUUAGAGUUUCGAAAAUAUUGUGUUUAGAUAUUAAUUUUUGUAAAGGCUUUUUUCCAAAAGUAAUAUCAAUAUAGUAUAGUAAAGUUACUACAGUUUAAGAAUGGUGAAUACUAACGAAUAUUAAGGUACUCAAACUGUUUCUGUCAACUAUUAAAAUUUAAAUUUUCGAGAAUUGAGAUAUAUAAAAAGCCAUAUCUCGUUUUUUUAUUGCCACCGGCCCAAAAUUUAUAACAAGGCAAAUUUUGAAGCAGUAGAAACUUUGCUACACUAAUUAUGAGAUUUUGUUUUACAAAUACUAAAUAAUAUUUUUUGUGAAGAUAUAUCUAUCUUAAUUGUUUGUAAUUAAUUGUUUUUUAUGUCAAGAUUUCUAAAUUUUUACUGAACAUGCAAAAAUCUUUAGAUUAUUAAUUUGUUGUGUGUUUAUAUGUUUCUACUUAAUUUAUUGUGUAUGUUGUAUUAUUUAAUUGAGAAAAUAUAAUCAAAAUAAAUAUUGGUACUUUGUUUCAAUGAUCGAAUGCCAGGCUUAUCAACUAUUUAUUGUAUGUUUUACUAAAUAUUAUAUCCGUGUGCAUAAUUAUUCAUUAUUUCAAUUAGUAUUCAGUGUAAUAUUUAUUCAUUUAUUUUGAUUCAUUAUAACACUAAAAACUGUCCCUAUAAAUAUUUUUCAGUUUUUACAGAUAAUAAGUGGCAGCAUAUUAAAACAUGUUUUUGUUUAGGAGAUUAUGUUGUCUACCAACAUCAGGCAAAGGUGAUCUAAACAUUUGCAAAAAUGGAAAUAGAUUUUUGGACAAAGGUAUAGUAUAACUAUAGAUAUCAAUUUUUAUUGACUACCAUAUAAAAAUAUUUUAGGAAUUAGGUGUAGGUGACAAUUUAUGUCAAUUGUUUCAUAUUAAUUGAAAACAGUAUCUAUUCUCUUUUGGUUCAAACGUUGUGUUUUUAUGUUUUUUUUGUAAUUAUUUAAAACAAUGCAAUAUUUUCUAAUAGAUAUUUUUUUGAAUGAUG